ACUGAAGUGAAUGAGAGAGGUAAAAGUUUCUUUUUGGGGGAUGAUAAACAAAACAUGAAUUCUGCUAAAUGUUUUCAAUUCAGAUGUCACAUUAUGGCCUUUCGAAAUCAACUGAGUUACACAUAAUUUACUUUUCUAACUACUUGUGUAAAAACGGAAUUUUCUAAAUUGAAGUGAGUUAUGGCUAAGAAACUGGAGUCUCGCACAUCUCUUACUGAAUUUGCCCCUUUGAGUCCAGAAUCAAAAUCACAAACAUUCUCUAUCAGAAAUAUUUUUUUUAGAAACAGAGAUAAAUCAGCAUCAUCUGAACCUAAAGGAUCAAAUUCUCAACGUGACAAAUUAGAAAGUUCUAGUACUUCGGAUAAUUUGUAUCUUUCUUCUGACUCUGUAUUUUCUGUGGAAAAAAGAAUGAUAUUAUCAAGUCCAGAACGUCGGGGUAUGUCUGGAAUUUUAGGCAAGAUUAUGGAUAACAUUGUGGAUAAAAAGAAAAAAGGUCUGCAGAAUUAUAAAGACAGUGAUUUUAAGCAGUAUUGGAUGCCUGAUAGUAACUGCAGAGAGUGCUAUGAUUGUGGCGAUAAAUUUACAACUUUCAGGCGGCGCCAUCAUUGCAGAGUUUGUGGUCAGAUAUUUUGUUGGCGAUGCUGUAGUCAAGAAAUUCCUGGAGAUCUUAUUGGCUAUACUGAUGAUUUGCGUGUUUGCUCAUAUUGCUGCAAAAUGGUACUGUCCUGUGUCCAGUCCUUGGAUUCAACAUCACAAUCAGAUGAUGAUUCUUUAUCAUUUCGUGAAAGUCAGCAAAAGAAAUUCAGAUUUGAUUCUCAUUCAGAAUCAUCACCUAGUCCUAAGCAGAGUGUUACCUCGCCAGCUAGACGGAAAAGUUCAGUUAUAGGGUUUAGAGAAGAAGACUUUGCUAAGGCAAAACCAUAUAAGUCUGCUUUGGAUACUUUGUCUUGUCGAGAGAGAACACAAAAAAUUGAUGGUCCCAUUCAGGAUAGACCACACCUUAAACAGCUGAUGCAUAAACUUUUGAAUUCAGUUCAAAGUGUUUCGCUGUGGAAACAAGAAUAUAAAGAUCAUCACACUAAGGUAAUUUUGGGCUGUGAUAUUGUGGAUUGGCUUGUUGCACAUGAUGCCACUUUAUCAAGAUCUGAUGCUAUAAAUAUUGGACAAGCAUUUAUUGAUGCUCAGUUCCUUGAAUGUAUAAUUCCGCAGCAAAACUUUAUUGAUGGCAAUGUGUUCUACAAACCAUUAGAGCAAUCUCAUUUGGAUAAACCAGAUGAAAACUCCAAUGAAAUCCAGGAAAGCAUGGAACCUUUGUGGGUAAAAGAAAUACAGCCUAGUAGUUCCUAUAUAUUCAAAGAAAGUGGCAAAGAUAGUUCUAACACAACAUUAUCACCUAACACUCCAAGAUUUAGUGGAAGUUAUUCUCGACUUUCAUCAUCCAGUUCUAUGUUCUAUUUAGAUCUGGACAUUAAAGAAUCUAAAGUUAGUGUAUUCAAGUCCCAGCAUGAAUCAGAGCAAAGCAGCUCAUCAAAGCAAGAAGAACAGUCAGUUGUUAAUGAUUCCAGAGAAGAUUCUGAUCAAGAUAAUGUUGUUUUCUUUAAUACUAAGAUUCUUGGGGGAUUUAUUAAUAAUCCAGAAAGUGCUCAUAUGCCAGAUGAUUUGGAUAACUCUAUAAUGAAGUCUAUAAUUUCAUCCAGAUCAUGGCAUCAUUCUCAUCUCCGAGAAGAUAAUGGUGAGAAGGAUGCAUUUGAAAAUUUGAAUGCUGCUUAUAAAGUUCAUGAGGCUACUCUUUUAAAUCAGUUGUUGAGUAAUGAAGGCUUAUCUUUAUCUUGGUCAGAAAUUAUUUUACCAAUCAUUCAUCAUGUUGUGGAUUCUGUUCGACCUGAUGUUAAAAAUGAUUCUGAUGAUAUGGACAUCAGGCAAUAUGUUCAGUUCAAGAAGAUACCUGGAGGCAGUAAAUCAGAGUGUAGCAUUGUUAGUGGAGUUGUAUUUACAAAAAGUGUUGCCCAUAAAAAGAUGCGGCAGCGAAUUCAGAGUCCCACUGUGCUGCUUUUAACUUCAGCUAUAUCUUAUCAAAGAAUAGAGAAUAAGUUAUGCUCAUUGGAUCCUAUAAUAAUGCAGGAAUAUGAAUAUUUGAAAAACAUUAUUGGGAAACUGACAGUUUUUAAACCAGACAUUUUACUUGUGGAGAAAACUGUUUCUCGUCUUGCUCAGGAAAUGUUACUGAAUCUUGGAAUAACUGUUGCUCUCAAUGUUAAGUUGUCAGUAAUGGAGCGUAUUGCUAGAUGUACACAAGCUGCCAUUGUGUCUACUGUUGAUGCUCAUCUCGGAAGACCACAGCUUGGUACAUGCAAGAAAUUUAAAGUUAAAACAUAUUCUAUUGCAGGAAAAUCCAAAACAUUGAUGUUUUUUGAAGGAUGCCCCGAAAAUCUUGGUUGUACCAUUUUGUUACGUGGAGGAUCAGCAAAUGAAUUGAAGAAGGUGAAGCAGGUUGUUCAAUUCAUGUUAUUUGUUGCCUACAACUGGAAUUUGGAAAGAUCCUUUUUAAUGGAUGAAUUUGCUUUCUUACCUUCACUUGUGAGUGAAACAAUGGAAUGUGAAGAAUCUUUGAGUACAGAAGCGCAGCCAAUGGAUCAAACUCCUGCUGGGGAUUCUGCCACUGAAAAUGCUCCCAUGGAUAUUAAUACGGCCGGAGAUCCUGGAGCAAAUCUUCCUAAGAAGAGUAAAUCAAGAGUUGAUGAGCUUGGUAGAAAGUUGGAAACUGAAUCUAUCAGUGACUUUAGUGAUCCAUUACAUUCAUAUCUUCAGCUCGAAAAUGAUGUAUUUCAAUCAGAUCCCUGUGAUUUAAAAGUUGAUGAAUUGCCUCCUACAAACACAUUCAGUAAGCUUUUAGAUGACAUCAUUUUGUGUGCUUCUCUGAAUGUCAAGCCAUCUCUUCCUUUUCUAGAAACUGAAGCUGGAAAAAAGUGUGAAUUAAGAAAGUUCUUCCCAGCUGACAUCUAUUGGUCUCGUCAUUUUGAAAAAGAGAAUGAGACUCAGAUUCUUCAUCCCAUUGAUACUCAAACUGAUUUAGAGGAUGAGAGUAUCUCACUUAAAGGUUUGAUUAACAGUAAAAAUGUUGAAGUAUUGCCAACUCACCCAUUAACUAACUUCAAGAUAACAGAUGUUUUGGACUCUUCAAUGGAAAUGCAGACUUUACUUGCAGAUUUUCGAGCUAGGGGUGGAACUAUUAAGUUUUUAUGCCCACAUGAGAAAGCAGCAAAAGAGAAAGAGAAAAAACAAACUAGCAUGCAUCAAACUUCAAGAGAUCAUGCAAGAACAGAAAUCAGUACUAAUACUGGAUUGUGUUGGGAAAAAAAGACUGAUGUACUGGAUCCAUAUAAUCACCAAACUCUAGCUGUGCUUUUUUCAAGCUAUUCAUGUGCUUCUGAUAAUGCACCUAACUAUUGUGUUAACCCUUGGGUUGUCAAAAUGGAAUUUUAUGGAUCAAAUGACAUCACACUUGGUGGAUUUUUGGAUAGAUAUUGUUUUAGAUCUUCAUAUAUCUGCCCAAGUCCUACUUGUGUUACUCCAAUGACUGAACAUGUUCGAAAAUUUGUACAUGGAACUGGUUGUGUUCAUAUUCUUCUGCAUGAACUUAGUACUGGAGUUCCUGUGGCUGAAAAUAACAUCUUGAUGUGGAGUUGGUGUCAUAUUUGCACAAAAGCUACACCUGUUGUUUCUAUGUCUGAAGAUACAUGGUCCUUCUCUUUUGCUAAAUAUCUUGAGCUUAGGUUUUAUGCUGAUAGUUACAAGAGGAGAGGAAAAAAUGAGCUUUGCCAGCAUUCUUUACAUCAUGAUCAUUACCAAUAUUUUGCUCAAAAUAAUCUUGUUGCAAUUUUUAAGUACACACCAGUUUUGAUUUGGGAAGUGGUAUUCCCAGCUUUUAUAAUUUCUGUUACUGAUAAAGCCAUUCCCUUAGCUUCUUUGGUGGAACAGAUAAAGAUUAUUGCUAUGAAGGGUCAUGGAAUUCAUAGUGAUCUUCUUACUACACUGUUUGCCCUUCGUGAUGAAUAUUGUGAAACCACAUCAGAAGAUUUCAUUGAAGAUAUGAUAGAUAUGCUCAAGCUGGAAACUCUUCCAUUUCGUGAAAAAAUUGAAGGUAUUCAGCUUCAUCUAACAUCGCCAACAUUAGAAACCUUGCAAAUUAAAUCUGCAGAUGAUUUGGAAUAUAAUAAGGAUAUUUGUUCAUAUAUGUGGAAGAUUGAAGAUCAAAUAACAUUAUUGAAAUUCCAUAUUGCUAAUGUAGUUCAAAUAUGGAAUAACAGAAUUCAAGAGUUUAUAUCAGCCAGGAAAAAAGAAAAACUUCAAGCAAAACCUUCAUCUCAGUCUGGAAGAAAUUCAGAGGGGUCUUUUAAUAUGCAUGAAGAAUCUGCAGUAAAAGCUAGCAGUUUUUCACCUGAUGAUCAGUUAAUGAGCUCUGUAGGUGCAAGUGUUAUUGACUCUAAAACUUCUGAACCAAAAAGAAAUUUUCUGAUCUCAAAAAUGUGUCCUAAAGUGAAAUCAGAAAACACUAAAAAAUAUGUGGAAAGUUUUUGCAAAGAGAAAUGCCGUCGUUUUUCGUCGCCAGCUCGAUCAUUGUCUUUUGGAAGUAUCAACGAUCCAUCAAAAUAUGCCUUUGAAUUUCCCAAGCUGAAACAUGCCAAGAGUGAACCAGAUUAUUUAGUUUGCCAUUCUGAUGAGUUCAAUAAUGUAUUUUUUCAAAGAGAAGGCAGUCUUUCAAGUAGUGAUUCUUGCUAUGCAUAUGGUGUUACACCUGGAAUAUGUGCUGCUUUGAAAGUUUCUGAAGCAGAAGAUUAUGAUUCAUAUGUUGUGUGUCAUAAAGAUUGUGUUGAUGAACGAUCUGCAUCUCCAGUUUCCAGAAAACAUCACGAACGCUCAAAAUCCGAAACUGAAGCUGUUUUUAGUCACAGUAGUCACGGUUCUAAACAUACUCCAGAAAAACAAACUUCUAUGGAUGGAAAAACUGAAAAGAGAAGUGUCAAAACCUUACUGAAUCAACUAAAACCUGCUUCUACGUUCACCCCGAUUGAGAACCCUUUUUCGAAUUUGGAACAUUUGUUAUUACCAGUACCUCAAAAAAUUCCUGUUAUUGUGCAUGAAGGUGAACCUAGCUCCAUCAUAGCCUAUGCAUUAUCUACAGAUGAUUAUGAGCAAAAGUUACAAGAGCUUAAACUGAAUCUUAGUACAAUGAACAUUUCCCAAAAAGAUAGCCAAACUUCAAGUCCUCUGUUGAAGCACAGGUCUAACAUAAAACUACAAAGUGAAAACAUUACUAGAUCUGAUGUACACUUUUCUAGUGAUGACACUUAUGAUUUUUCUGCAGACUCUACUGAUAAAUCUCACUUGAAACCCAGCAGCAAAACUUCAAAUUUGCAUUUAGAAGUUCAGUUUUCAGACAAUUCAACAAAAUUUUACUGCCGGGUUUACUAUGCUGAGCAAUUUCGUAAACUUCGUAGCCUAAUAUUUUCGGAAGGUGAGGAACGUUUCAUACGGUCUUUAUCACACUGUGUGCAGUGGGUGGCUAGAGGUGGAAAAUCAGGUUCAUUGUUUUGUAAAACUCAUGAUGACAGAUUUAUAUUAAAACAAAUGCCAAGAUUAGAACUCCAGUCUUUCAUGGAUUUAGCCCCAGCUUAUUUUCAGUAUUUGAACAAAUCAUAUUUGGAACAGAAACCAACUUUGCUGGCCAAAAUUGUUGGAAUAUUUCGAAUAGGAUUCAAAAAUACAACUACAAAUGCUGCCACAAAGAUGGACUUGCUUGUGAUGGAAAAUCUUUUCUAUAAUCGAAAUAUUACUAGGAAGUAUGAUUUAAAAGGCAGUAUUCGAAACAGACUAGUCAAUACAAAUGGAGAUCAGGAAGAGGAUAUUGUUCUUCUAGAUGAAAACCUUUUGAAAAUUACCUGUGAUAACCCCUUUUAUGUGAGACCACAUUCCAAAACUGUGCUUACUCUGGCCAUCAGCAAUGAUACCCAGUUCCUUGUUGACCAGUCUGUCAUGGAUUAUUCUCUCCUUGUAGGAUUGGAAGAAGAGAAAGGACAAUUAGUUGUGGGCAUAAUAGAUUACAUUCGUACGUUUACGUGGGACAAAAAAGUUGAAAUGCUCAUCAAGUCAUCUGGUAUCCUUGGUGGCCACGGAAAAAUGCCUACAGUCGUCUCUCCUGAACUAUAUAAAAUGCGAUUCUGUGAAGCAAUGGACAGUUAUUUCCUCUGGAUCCCUGAUCGCUGGACCGGUCUAGGGAAAGGUGUAGAUGGAUAAUAGAUAUAAAUGUCAUAAUAUUUUCUUUAUUUUGUACAUAUGAAAUUUAAAUGAAUAAAUUUUCUAUUUUU